AACCUCAACAAACCUAACCUCUAUCUUUUUCAAAUACAAAUAUAUUGUAGGCAAUUUUAAUACUUACUAUACAAAAGCCGUAACAUUUUAAAUUUACAAAAAACAAUAAAAACAAAAAUACCAUGGAUAAUUAUGUGACAGGUAAAUGUAUGACAAUGUGUCCAGAGGAAGAAAUACGAAUAAGGGAGAAACAAAAGCUACUACACAUAUUAGAAAUUGUCCCCGGAACUGAAAAAGAUAAAAUACCAAAGGCUGACAGGACACGAAUGGUGAAGGAAUUCAGCAGAUCGGCUGCAGGCAAAUCGUUGCAAAACCCCAAACUGAUCAGACCUCCGGAAGUUUUACUGCACACUAUCCAUUAUUUAUUUACUGAGGUAGCCACAAAUGAUGCUGUGCCAUGGAACAUCACUUACGACUACAUUUCAGACAGACUAAGGUCAAUACGUCAGGACAUGAUUGUACAGAACGCGACUCUUGUCCACACAAUCACACUUUUGCAGCCUAUAAUUCGAUUUUAUGCUUAUGCCAGCUUUAGACUUUAUGGAGUUGACCUAAACAUUUUCGACAACUUCCUGAACAAUAAACACUUACUGGAAUGUUUGAAAAGGCUUUUGACUGUCUAUGAUGAAUAUGAACUGACAAAAGAUGAUGAACACGUCUUUAAUGACUAUUUAAUUAAAAACAGGCCACAAUUUGAGGCACUGUAUGUGAUACUGAAUAUUGGGGAUCAAGAUGCAAUAACAAGAUGUCUCAAUCUGAACCAAAAAUGGAGGACUGAUAUUGUUGAAAAAGCUUUGAUGUUAUCACUUUUAUACACUAGAGGCAAUUAUGUAAGAUAUUGCAGACUAAUACAGGAUUUUCCAAUCCUUUUAGCCUUACAGGCUUCACUUCAUGUUCCUAAGUUAAGAAGAUGGGCUUUGAGGGUCAUGUCUACUGCUUACAGUAGUAAAAUACUGAAAUACCCUUGUAAAAAAAUGAUGGAAAUUUUAUUAUAUUAUACAAUAGAAGAUGUGACUGAUGAUGUUAAUAGUUUUGGUAUGACAGUAUGCGAAGGAGCAAUAAACUUUAACAAAAGUUUAUUUAAAGACCCCUAUGAUGGUAAAACCAAUAUGGAUUAUAGACUUGAGAUAAGACUGGAGCAACUUGAACACAAGUUAAUGGAUAUUCCCAUUAGUAAAAUACUUUUAUUCAAUUAAAAAAUUGUAUUAAAGUAUUAUUAACAAAUAUAUUUUUUUAAUAAAUUUA